CAAUGCGGAGUUUACCCACAAGAAUGUACCAGUGGUCAGAGGUAGCUUAACUAAAAACUGUACCAGAUUCUCUUAGUUUACAGUCCGUGCACAUUUGGAUCUGAUCUGUCCAGACGCGAUGGAUCCGCUGCUGUAUUUAGGAGGCUUGGUCGUUAUGUUCCUGCUGUGGAUCAAAGUUAAAGGUCUAGAUUACGUGAUCGUCCAUCAGAGGUGGAUAUUUGUCUGUUUGUUCCUGCUGCCGCUCUCCGUUAUAUUUGAUGUGUAUUACUAUGUGCGGGCAUGGCUCAUUUUCAAGAUGUGCUCUGCGCCCAAACUGCACGACCAGCGCGUGCGAGACAUCCAGCGACAGGUGCGUGAGUGGAAGAAGGAGGGGGCUAAGACCUACAUGUGCACGGGUCGACCCGGCUGGCUCACUGUGUCUCUCAGGGUGGGGAAAUACAAGAAAACCCACAAAAACAUCAUGAUCAAUAUGAUGGAUAUCCUGGAGGUGGACACUAAGAGGCAGGUGGUGAGAGUUGAGCCGCUGGCCAACAUGGGUCAGGUGACUGCCCUCCUCAAUUCUAUUGGCUGGACACUGCCAGUGCUACCUGAGCUGGAUGAUCUCACCGUGGGUGGUUUGGUGAUGGGUACGGGAAUCGAGUCGUCCUCUCAUAUUUACGGGCUGUUUCAGCACAUCUGUGUCGCAUAUGAACUGGUCCUAGCUGAUGGCAGUUUAGUACGCUGCACAGAGGAGGAAAACUCAGAUCUGUUCCACGCCGUCCCGUGGUCCUGUGGUACUCUGGGAUUCCUGGUUGCAGCAGAGAUCAAAAUAGUCCCCGCUAAGCCAUGGGUGAAGCUGCGCUACGAGCCGGUCAGAGGCCUGGAGAACAUCUGUAAACGCUUCAGUGAAGCAUCAGAGAACAAGCAGAACACAUUUGUCGAGGGCAUCCAGUACAGCCUGGACACCGCUGUCAUCAUGACGGGAACCAUGACUGACCACGCAGAGCCUGAUAAGAUUAACAGAAUCGGCCUGCACUUCAAACCCUGGUUCUUUAAACACGUGGAGGGCUACCUGAAAGGAGACCACACUGGAGUAGAGUACAUUCCUCUGAGACAGUACUACCACAGACACACACGCAGCAUCUUCUGGGAGCUUCAGGACAUCAUCCCAUUCGGCAACAACCCGGUGUUCCGCUGGCUUUUUGGAUGGAUGGUUCCUCCUAAGAUCUCUCUGUUGAAGCUCACACAGGGAGAAACCAUUAGGCGGCUUUACGAACAGCACCACGUGGUUCAGGACAUGCUGGUACCCAUGAAGCAUCUGAAGGACGCCAUCACGUGCUUUCACCAGGACAUCGAUGUUUACCCUCUGUGGCUGUGUCCAUUCCUGUUGCCACCAGGCAGAGGGAUGGUUCAUCCCAAAGGUCAAGAGGAGGAGCUGUAUGUGGAUAUUGGGGCUUAUGGAGAGCCCAAGGUCAAACACUUUGAAGCUAAAGCAUCAACACGUCAGCUGGAGAAGUUUGUCAGAGAUGUGCAUGGGUUCCAGAUGCUGUAUGCAGAUGUGUACAUGGACCGAGAGGAGUUUUGGGAGAUGUUUGAUGGACAGUUGUAUCAUAGACUGAGAGAGGAACUGGGCUGUAAGGAGGCCUUUCCCGAGGUUUAUGACAAAAUCUGUAAAUCUGCUCGACACUGACGCCCAUCGCUGGUACCUGCCCUGAGCCCUGUGUCACAGAUACACAGAGGCACUGUCUGCAUAUCACGUUUGGUGACAGAUACUAGUUUUGGGAUGUUUCUACGAAAACAAAAAAAUGUUUUACAUAAAGAUGCAGCUCAGAAUUUUCUAUGGUGGAAUUAAGCUAUGCACACAUGCUAAAACAAGCUAAAACACUUAUUUUUGGCAGUCAGACUGUGUCGUCAGAGGGCCCUCCUAUCAAUGUGAAACAGGAGCACAUGAAUGUAUUCUCUUUUCCCUUCUUCUGUACACAGUUUUUUUUUUUACAUUCAUGUGCUGAUUUCUUGUGCAGCUUGACUCAGAACCUUAUGUGGAACGUGUACUUGUUGAGAGCAUAUUGCACCAAAUGUCUGUCUUUUUAAAAAAGAUGUGUUAGGCAACUUUUCCCUGUUUAACUACACAAGUGCCAUAAACUUUGAACAUAUAACCUCCAGUGUCACACAGAUAUUUUAAAAUUCAUACUUUUUUGAUAAAUUUCAGUGAAUUUUAAGUCCAAGAAAAACAAACAACAAUAUUGUAACUUAUACUGCUAUUCUUAUAACUACUGUUUUGGUAUCCAGAUGACAAAA